AUGGCUUGGAAGGUGAUGUGUUUAAUCUUUGCAUUCGUGGCAGCGUUCCUCUUCUUCUUCGUCACUGGAUAUGGUAACUGGAACUGUGGGGACAGAAUUUUAAGUGCCAAGUGUCAUCGCUACCCCGAAUCCAAGGUGACUGGUGGUCUCCUCUUAACAGCCGGUCUGGUUGUUCUCAUUGAUAGCUUUGUUCUCAGCAUCCUGCUAGUAUGUGACAACUCUUGCAGUAGAAUCGCAGCCUGUGUAUUUGCAGUCAUCUCCACAGUCCUCUCCUUCACUGGGAUCACCUACUAUCCGGACAUGAGAAAAAUGUAG